CUCUGCUUUCAGUAGUCGUGUAUUUGUUAGUAACGUUAGUUGUUUAUCAUCUGUUCAGCGAAUAUUGAAGGAGUUGUGUAUAUUUUACACUUAUAUGUUUCAUCGCCAUUCGUAUGGCUUUAAAUAAUACAAGUUGGUGCAAAUGUAAAUAAGGUGUAAGAUCGAUUGCAAGAAAACCUCAUAACAGCGCUUGUACAAAAAACGGCAAAGUAAUAGACCUUGAAAUAAAGCAAGUUAUUUACCUACUAGUUUCUGUUUAAAAGUCAAUAUUUGUGUUCCUACAACAACAAACUGUAACAAUGCGGUCUACGUGUUGCGUCUCAAGCGGAACUGUAGUAUUUCUUCUGACGUUAGUAGGACUUUCAUUUUUAACAUCUGCUAGUGUUAUACCUGCUGUAUUUCUUGGUGUACCUGAUAAACCUGAAAAUGGGCUCUACGAUCCAAGUGGUAAGGUGGCAAUUCUCACUGUAAAUAACUUCAAUGAUACAGUACUGCGUCAAAAUCGUUCAUUGCUGGUGGAAUUUUACAAUACAUUCUGUGGUCACUGCCAGCGAUAUGCUCCGCAUUACAAAGCAUUGGCCGAACGCUUGCAUCCGUGGCGUGAAACAUUACUAGUGGCAGCUAUUGACUGCAAUGCAUUCGAAAACACUGGAAUAUGCCGCGAUUACGAAAUAUUUGGAUAUCCAACAGUACGCUAUUUUUCACCUGGAUAUAUGUGCAAAGAAGGGAAUUAUGGUCAAAAUAUCAACCCACAUACUGAAAUAAACGAGUUAACAGCAAAUAUGGCACAACGGUUGGCAGCAGAAAAUGAUACGGAUAGCUUGCCAAAUUUCCCCAAUCUACAUAGUCUCACAGAAAAUGAAAGCAAAACACUUUUUAAUGGUUUGGAUAGUAAUAAAAAAUUUGUGAUAUUAAUUUACGAGCCAGAGAAUACAACUGUGGGAUUAGAGAGUAUAUUACAAUUUCACUUAUGGCCUGAUGUGCAAGUGCGCCGUAUCAACGACUUGAAUUUAGCUAAAAAAUUCCAAAUUGAUGGCGUACGUUAUAAGAUUGCAACGGUAGAUAGAGAAGGAAACGUAGUGCCAUAUGGUGUCACAGAAGAUACGCCACAAGCGUACAUAGCUACAGUUGAAAGUUUUCUAGAAGCUCAACAUUUUAAACCGCGUUCAGAAAAACCACCAAAAGCAGUAGCUAAUCUUGCUCAAAAUCAAGCCGAUGAUGGGAGUGGACGAUCAAUUAUUAUUUCCGAAGUACUAAGUAACAAGCAUUUGGUUUAUCAGGCUGAUCUGGAAAUGGCCCUACGUCAAAUGCUUCUAAAUGAGAUACCAAAAGUACACGACAUACGCGGUGAACAAUUAUUAGCUUUACAGCGCAUAUUGGGCGUCUUACAGCGCUAUAACCCACUCGGACCACAGGGCAAUUUGGUCAUACGACGCUUACAUGAAUAUGUUGUAAAUGCCAACGAGUCGCUGGGCGGUGGCGAUUUCCAAACAGAAUUCGAGCAUUUGAAUAAAACAUUCGGUCCGAUAUUCUCAUCGAAUCAAUUUGUUGGCUGUGUCGCCUCGCAGCAUAACAAACGUGGCUACACUUGUUCGCUGUGGACGCUCUUCCAUCAUCUGACCGUGCAAGCCGCACGCCAAGAGGUCAGCAAUGAUCCGUUAGAAGUACUAACCGCCAUACACGGUUAUGUAAAGUUCUUUUUCGGCUGCACUCAUUGCUCAGAACACUUUCAGGCUAUGGCAACACGUCGAAAAAUCUGGAAUGUGCCGAACAAAGAUGAGGCUGUACUCUGGCUGUGGGCCGCACACAACGAAGUAAACAAUCGUCUAGCAGGCGAUGAAACAGAGGAUCCGAAAUUCCCAAAAAUACAAUUCCCCAGCGAAGCGAGUUGUUCGCAGUGCCAUAAAUCCGAUCCAGCCGUAUCUUCCAGCAAAUCGUCCAUUAACUGGGACAAAGACGCCGUGCUAAGUUUCCUUAAAAACAUACACAAUCCCGGCUAUGUUAGUCGUUACGGCGUCGAAAACGAAGCUGUGCUGCAGCCAUCACUGGAGAAGCUGCGCCAGAAACGCAUGAUCGGCAAUGUCUUCUCGGAAAUGGACAUGCGCAUGGGCAUGCUGUUGUAUGGUUUCUGCAUUGUUAUGAUGGUGUUGGCGUUUAAGCUCUUCGCAUUAAAGAGCUAUCGCAAAAAGCCCUACAUGCACGACAUCCUCGGGAAAGUGUAAGUCAGCGUGCAAGGGAAAUCGCUGCAAAGGUGCAAAUUCAAUAAAAGUGUGCGCGCAAAAAAACAGUCGACGAUAUUUCGCAAAUUUGUGGAAUGUAUUUAUACAAUGUUGCAGCGUUUUGCAUACUUUGUAGUGCGAGAAGUGUAUUUUUUGUUUUUAUUGUUUUUUAAUUUGUUGUUCCACGCAAAGGAAUGCUAACUCAAGUGCAAUUCCAUUUAUAGCAUAAUAGUAAUUGGCGGCAUGUGCGUGUAUAUAUGUAUAUGUGAUGACACGUUGUUGACAUUUUACAGUAAAUUUUAAGUAACUGAAAUUAUUUUAAACGCAAAAUUCCAACAAAAACAAAAUUGUUUGUGAUUAUAUAUGCAUGUACAUAUGUAUAAGUUCCAUUGUUUAAUAUGCCGUCUCAAAAAUAUAAAUAAUUCCAAUACAUGCAAACAAGUUAUGCAUCCAUACAUUUAUAUUGUACUAAAUUUAAUUAAUAUGUAUUUGUAUAUGCAAUUAUUAAUUUUAAGCGAAAACGAUGUAACGAUCCCACAGAAUUACAUACACACAUACGCAUACACAUUUAUUAUAUAAGCGAUUGCAGUUCAGGUUUUACUACUUUUUAUACACCAACUAAGUACCAUCAAAGUUUACAACGAAAAGUCUAUAAGGAUCUAAACAUAUUUCUAAUUAUGCAAAUAAAUGUAAAUAUAUAUGUAUGUAGUAAAUAAAUAUAGAACUAAAAAGA